CCCAAGUUGAUGGGACAACUUUGAUCCUAGCAAUCUAUAAACUGUGUCGUUUUGUGGGUAUAAAAGGAGCACAUCGAAUCGAAAACAGACAGAGUUCUCAGAAACGAGUACUAGUACACAUCACUAGCAGCGUUUUUAAGUUUUAAACUAAUCAAACCCACAAAACCAAUCAAAAUCAAUAUUAUCAAGAUGAAAUUCUUUGUUGCAUUCUCCGCUUUAUUGGCAGUAGCUUCAGCCGGUGGCUUGUAUUAUGCACCAGGACCACUCCUUGCUCGUGCUGCCUUCCAGCCAGCCGUGCAACAGCAAUACCAUGCCCAGGACGAAUUCGGUCAAUACACUUAUGGAUACAGCGAGCCUCUGUCAGCCAAACAAGAAGUCAAGACUUUGGAUGGAGUGACUCGUGGAUCAUACAGCUAUGUGGAUGCUGAAGGAAAAUUGCAAACCGUCGACUAUACCGCUGAUGCUGGUGGUUUCCGUGUUUCUGCAACCAAUUUGCCCAAGCCAGUUGAAGCUCCAGAAAUUAAGCCAGCUGAAGCACCAAUGCCAGUCGUUGAAACUCCAGAAGUUGCAGCUGCCAGAUCAGCUCAUAUGGCUGCCAUUGAAGAAGCUAAGGCACGUGAAGCAUCUGUCUCAGUUGCUGCAGCUCCAGUUCCAGCUCCAAUCCCAGCUUCAAUGCCAGCUCCAGUUCAAGCCAUUUUCAAUCCACGUGAUUUGCCUCAACAAGUUGAAGAUACCCCUGAAGUUGCUCUUGCCAAGAAGGAACACUUGAAGGCUAUUGAAAAUGCCAAAUUGAGAAAUGCCAUUGUCAAGGAAGCCAAUGAAGUAUCAGCUGCUCCAGUUUAUAAUGCACCCAUUGUUGCUGCUCCAUUAGUUGCUGCUCCAGCUCCAUUACGUUACAUUAGCAGUGCGCAAGUUCCACUUGCACUUCCCUAUAGCCAAGCUAUUUUACCAUCUGGCUUUGCCUACUCAUACGGACUUCAAGAUGGUUCAAUCUUCCCAGCCAGUCGGUUUUUGAGCUCACAAAUUAUCCACGAUAUCGACUUGAUUGUACCAUCUCCGUCAAUGUAUGUCAAUGUUCCACGGAUUAUUCCAUCCGGAGAACGAAUUUCCUGUCGUGAUAAACUACCAUCGCCCAAUCCGUACGUAGCCAAGUCACCCAAUGAAUAUAGCCCUGUGGCAUUGGCUAAUACAAUGACUGCAAAAAAGGCUCAACUUACCUUUUACAUUAUGAUGAAAACAUUUGUUGCAUUUUCUGCUCUGUUAGCAAUUGCUUCAGCUAGUGUAUCAUAUUACGCCCCAGCUGGACUGGUUAUACCAGCCACAAAGCAUCAAUACCAUGCUCAGGAUGAAUUCGGCCAGUAUGCCUUUGGAUAUAGUGAACCGUUGUCAGCCAAACAGGAAGUGAAAACCUUGGAUGGCGUCACACGAGGAUCUUACAGCUACAAAGAUUCCGAUGGAAUUAUUCAAACAGUCGAUUAUACAGCUGAUGCAGGUGGUUUUAGAGUUGCCGCUACCAAUUUGCCUAAGCCAGUUGAAGCUCUUGAAGUUCCUGUCCAAGAAAUUCCCAAACAAGUUGAAGAUACUCCCGAAGUUGCAGCUGCUAAAUCUGCUCAUUUGGCUGCUGUUGAAGAGGCUAAAUUGAGAAAUCGUGAACAAGAACCUGCCCCAGUGCCAGUGAUUGCUGCUCCUGUUGAAUUGCCCCGUCAAGUUGAGGAUACUCCCGAAGUGGCACAGGCCAAGGCUGAACAUUUGAAUGCUGUCGAAGAGGCUAAAAUUAGAAAUGCUGCUAUUGAGAAGAUCGACAAAGAGUUGUCAAUCAUUCGCAGUACUCCAUUAUUGGCUCCUCUGCAAUUGGCCUAUCGUUCUUUGUUACCAAAUCCAAUUCAAAAUCAAUUCUCUUACACUUAUGGUCUGAGUGGUGCUCUUCCUCUGCUAUCAAAUACGCAUUUUGUGACUUCGCAUGUUAUUCACUAAAAAAAAACAAAAACACGAUGUUGGGAAGUUUGAUUUUAUGUGAUGUUAAAGUAUACUGGAAUUGUUUCUAAA